GUAGGAGGAGGGCGAAGGGGGUGGUGGUCAGAGAAGCGACUUGCUUGAAAUCCUUUUCAAUGCAGUGCAAUCUGUGUCCUGCCCAAAGCAGGUGUGCGCGGGAGAAGGAGAAAGCCAACCGAGGGCGGGAGUUAGGGAGAGAGAGGGACGAUUGUUUCUUUCUCAAGAUACCAGCAGCAGCAGGUCGGAUCCGGACGAGAGGUGACCGGCGCUGGGGUUGAAGGUGUUUGUGUGCGUGUGCGCGUGUGUGUGCACGCGCGUGAGAGAGUGAGUGUGCCCGUCUGGAGAGACUGCAGGAGCGGCUCAACUUGCUCGCUGUGCGCGCUGCUCGGCCCUCCCCAGCGCCGCCGCGUCCCUCCGCUCCUGGUCCCCGGGACACAUGAGCGUCUGGGUGAGAUGUGAAGAGGCUUGAAAGUAUGGCAUGCAAAGAUGGGUUCCGCCAAGAAGAAGAAGAAAGAGAAGGCGACGGUGAUGGAGCCCACUUUUAUUCGGAUCCUUCUCUACUUUUUCUGUUUGGCGACUUGUGUAAAGAAAAUCUCUGGACAGACAAAGAAGGAUGAAAGGAUCUAUCCGGAGAAUUUUACGCGCAUUUUGGACCGACUUCUGGACGGAUAUGACAACAGGCUGCGACCUGGAUUCGGGGGACGGGUGACUGAGGUCAAGACAGACAUCUAUGUGACCAGUUUUGGGCCUGUCUCGGAUGUGGAAAUGGAGUACACAAUGGACGUGUUCUUUCGGCAGCAAUGGGUGGACCGGAGGCUGAUGUAUGAGGGACCCAUAGAGAUUCUGAGGCUGAACAACCUGAUGGUCACCAAAGUGUGGACGCCGGACACCUUCUUCAGGAACGGGAAGAGAUCUGUGGCUCACAACAUGACGGCCCCCAACAAGCUUUUCCGCAUCAUGAAGAAUGGCACCAUCCUCUACACCAUGAGGUUAACCAUCAGUGCCGAGUGUCCCAUGAAGCUUGUGAACUUCCCCAUGGAUGAACAUGCGUGCCCCCUCAAGUUUGGAAGCUAUGCCUAUCCUAAGACAGAGAUGAUCUACAAGUGGACCAAAGAGCCUCAGCAGUCAGUGGAGGUCCCUCCUGAGUCCUCCAGCCUCGUUCAGUAUGAUCUCAUCGGACAGACGGUCUCCAGCGAAACGAUUAAAUCCAUCACGGGUGAAUAUGUGGUGAUGACGGUCUACUUUCACUUGAAACGUAAAAUGGGCUACUUCAUGAUUCAGACGUAUAUCCCCUGCAUAAUGACAGUAAUCCUCUCCCAAGUGUCCUUCUGGAUAAACAAAGAAUCGGUCCCGGCACGCACAGUCUUUGGCAUCACCACUGUUCUGACCAUGACGACACUCAGCAUCAGCGCCCGCCACUCCCUCCCCAAGGUCUCCUACGCCACCGCCAUGGACUGGUUCAUCGCCGUCUGCUUCGCCUUUGUCUUCUCCGCGCUCAUUGAGUUUGCCGCCGUGAACUACUUUACCAACGCGCAGAUGGAGCGCGCCAAGAGGAAGCCGGCCAGAUGUCCCCCGGUGCCCCAAACCACACCUGUCAAGGUCAAGGACACGCAAGAAGCGCUGCAGCAGAAUCCCGACAGCAACGGUAACCUGAGAAAGCGCAUGAAGUACAUCUCCCAUCUUGAGGCCAGCAGUCACCAGAGAGCCAUGUCAACCACCAACAUUUCGGGCGUUGGCCGAGCGAGAGCGCUGCAAAGUUUGGCCGGCGGGGUCAACGGCAGCUCCUCCACCCUCUCGCGCUCCAGCCCCAAGUCCGAGAGCCUGCUUAGCGUGGCCUCUUCUUCUGCCCAGCUGGUGAAGGCCGCGCCCCAGGCCACGGCAUCCACACCGGACGUGAUGGCGGCCACGCCGUGCAAGCAGAACGCCAGCUCCUCGUCCCUGCAGCAUCUGCUGGGGCCCAAGCUGGAGCGCAUCCAGUUGAUGGGGAACAAGCUGGAGCCAAAGCAGACGCCGUGCUCCCAGCCCACGACCGCCGGCAUGGGUGGAACAAGCAAAAUUGACAAGUACGCAAGGAUCCUAUUCCCAGUGUCCUUUGGUGCGUUUAACAUGGUCUACUGGGUGGUUUACCUGUCAAGGGAAACCAUGCUGGCUAAAGGGGGCUAGACUCUGCUCCGGACAACAAGCGUAAAGACUCUUUCUUUCAACAGAAAACCAGGAUUAUGGAAGUUUGCAAACAAUUAGAGGAAAGCUGUUUGCCGAGCACUUCCAUAUCCAGGAGAACACAUUCAUUUUAUUCUUCCUAAGAUCCUUGAAACAGCAAGUAUCGGAGCAAAUCAACCAAAUUAGAAAUAAUUGACUGAACAUAAGGAAGAACAGCUGCAAACUGGAUGCAACGGUCCUCCUUAUAUCGUGCUGCGUUUGACUGUUAAAAGGUCUGCAUUGGCUUCAACUGCCUCAUGAUCUCUUUUGGCCUGCAGUCAAGAUAAAGCUUGGGAAUUUUUCAUUUUCCUAUUUUUGUACCCUGCAGCUGGUGAGAUGUUCAGAUGCGUUCACCGCCUCCCCGGAAUAAACUGCACCAACGCCAUGUAUUAUGUGAUAAAACAUUCAUAUUUAAUGAUGACGGUGACCAUUUCAAUAUUAAGACAGGUUGCUUCUGGUGCAAGCAGGCUCGAUGAUGCAAAGUUAAAUUGUUUGAAACAACAAAGGGUUGGUGCAUUUGAUUUUCUUGGAUUUUCCAUUGAAAUCCUGAAUGCAGGCCAAAUGACUGUCAAAAAUGGAUUAAAUACUUUGUAGAUAGUGAAAUAUCAAAGAUGAAAUUCUGGAUGACUUGAGUUGGAGGUAGAAAAAGCCAGUGAUUGUUCUAAGCUUCUUUCCGGCUACAAUAGUUUGCCAUAACGUCGUGAAUAAAGAGGAAAGGGGAGCAACACUAUCAGUUACAAGAUCACUGCAGCAAUAAAGCGGUGAGUCCGCUGCUUGUUAAGUGGCCAUGUUGGCGUGUCAAAUGAAGGAACAUGACUGAACUGUUCAUCAGCUGCUCCACCAGGGUGGAGACUCAGGAGCUGACUGCUGUCUUGCCCCUCCUAGAUUGUGUCUCACAGAUGUCAACUGCUUUAGGUUUAACGGACAGUAGAUAUUUCACUGCAUCCUGAAGUUUAUGGAGCAGAGGCCAGGCAUGUAGUUUGAAUAUUAUUAUUAUAAAGCUGAAGUGGAACCCCAUCACAAACACAUGUUUGAGAUGAGCGAAGCCAGUUUUUUUUCUUUUAAAGCCCAAAGUAGGACAGCCGCCUUGGAGAAAAUCCCCUAUAAAAGAGUGCAUACCUGCCACAUGUGAAAGACAUAACUGGAAAAUAUUUUGCUGAGAGUUAGUAUAUGAGAACACAAAUACUUAAAAUAUAAAAUAUAUAUAUACAUACAUAUGUCUACACUAAAUAUAAGGCACACUGGAUAUGGGGUAAUCAAUAGCCUGGCUUUAUGAUAUCCAGAGAAAUGAUGGCCAGAAAACAACAACUGAGUAAAGAUAUAGUGGCGUUAUGUCUAUGUGAGUAGCUAAUAAAGUCGAUGUGCCUCAGGUGUGUUGUUGGUUUCAAACUUGACCAGGCCGGCAGCGCACCGCUUUUAGUGCACGUGCGAGCAUGUUGGCGUGUUAGUGGCGCUGGCUCGCUCAUAUGGCGGUCCCGCCUGCAGCACUGUAGCACUCGCCCUCCAGUUCGCUCUCCUCAUGCAGUUUCUGCCGGAGUUUGCGUUGUUAGCACCAUUAGCCUGAGCUAGUAGGUCAGCGGCGGCCAUGUUGAGCGCCCUUAAGAGGAAAUAGAAAUGCUCCGGUGCUCUUAAUUAGCAUGUUUUCAAGUUAAAUGAACUUCUCUAAUUUGAUUCUAAGUCAGCUAUCAGAAGUUUCAAUUUGUUUACAGUCAAAGUACACUAACUGUCUGCUUGCUGUAACGUUAGCUUCAUUUUUAGCAUUGAGACGGAUGUUCUAAUAUAGCGCUCAACAAAAAAAGCAAUGAAACCCAUUCACAAUGUAAAAUUUUUCUUUCUCCCAACUUGAUUUUUUUCCAAAAUUCCGUUGAUUUCUGUGGGGACAAAAAACGGCACAUUUCUACCCUCUGCAUAGUAUUAGCCCAGAUAACAGUCACCGAAAAUAGCCUCCAGUGUGGUCAGGACCGUGGGCAUUCUCGCCCGCCGCUGACUUUCAUCGAUGAAGGAGACGGCUGAUAAUUGAAUCUUUGAAUAUGUGAAGGACGUUAUUAUCUAAAUAUCCCUAAUGUGUCGUCAGCUAUAUUGUCCUCCUGCUGUCCCCUGUCACUGUUCUGUCACUGACCGGGAGAGGUGAAGCAGAGGGUGAAUUGUCAUUGAGAACCUUUGUCUGAAUAAAUAACCGGUCCCCUCAAUUAAUCUCUUUCCUUCACUUAUCAACAACAGAACUUUAGAAAACAUUAGAAGAUAAUUAACAAUAUAUUAAUCACCAGCAUAUAUAUAUUCCCCACAAAUAUUAUAUUUCCUCAUGGCCCUAGUUUAUUAUUCCUCGGUGACUGUUUUUGUAAGCUGAAGGUUAAACAGCCUGUGUAUGAGCUCAGCUCCGCUGCACACCGGCAGAGAGAGACGCCUGGUUGCCUGUUUUCUGGCCACAUGGUCACGGUUGUUGGCCGUCGUCGGUCGGUUAGUCCAACAGGAGUUAUGACGUGGGGACAGACGCGUGGGGCCGGUGGACAGAUCAAGAUGACCGCCGCCACUCACCUCUGCCAAACGCAGUUGUGUUUGAAAUUGAUCUUUGCCAUUAUUGCCUCCCUGUUGCCCCCCCCGCCCACCAUCCCUCUCUCUGUCUCUCACAAAAUGUGCACCAAAUGUAUCUGCUGGUUAAAGAACACCCAUGUACCAAUGAGGAGCCUGUCAACCACAGAUGGAUGUUUUUGUGGUGUGACUCUGCUGUUCGAAACGCGUCCAUGAUUGAUGGAGCUGCUGACGCCAGGUUGUUCAGUUUUCUCUCUCUCUCUCUCUCUCUCUCUCUCUGCCUUCUGAUGAACAUGCUGUUCGAGAUGACAGACAGACGAUGCUCCACACGCUCACGCUUGCCAUUUUGAAAGGAUGACAUGCUUCAGGUUUAUGGGUCAGUCCAAUCACAACCUGAGCCAGAGCUCUCAAUUAAUCUCUGUUUUUUUAGUUUCUUAGUUCAAAUAAGCUUUUUUUGCUGUUUAUUACAACAACAAAAAAAUCCAAAGCCACACAGUGCAGCUGGCUGGGUAAAAUGAGGCAUUCAUUGUGCCGUACCACUUUUGAAUUAAAUCGUGGCUUAACGCUCCCUCUAGUGGUCCGUCUGACCUCCUUCUUGUUUUCAACACCGUGCUGGUGGAGGACGGGCUCUUUAGAAACCAUUGAAUGCCGCUGUAGGGAGAGAUUUCCAUCUUUCUGCUAGUCGGGUAUAUUAAUAGUCUUGGAAUGGGAUUUUAAUUCAAGCAUUGUCUCGUCUUGUAUUGCUGACUGACCAGCACAACCGUUCUGCGUUGCGCAUUCCUCAUGACUGGGUCCACUGAAAAGACACUGGAGCAAAGCUAAAGCCGAGAAUGGAAGGCAUCCAACUACCCCCUGAUCCCGUCUACUUCAUCUAUUCACACUUUCAAAGGUGUACUCACAAUGUCAAAACGAUACAGUGGAAAAAACUUUUCAGUUCAGUAUUUUCUUCCAAUUUUUAACUGGAGGUUCAAAAGUGUCUCUCUUUGUUUAAAUUGUGUGUUUCCUGCGGACAGAGCAAUUAUAUAGUUAUAUUUUGAAAAGUCUGUAAUUUACAGACAAUAUACUGAAGGGGAGGUCUAUCUGAUUCACAUUGUUUAAUAUAUAAAGCUGCAGUUUAUCCUUGUAACAGUGACUUUGAACCCUGAGUAUUUGUAUAAGUUAGAGCUGUGACAUUAAGGCAGUGCCAUAAUAUACGUCUAGAAGGCCAUAAACUCUCAAAUCCAGUCAGUAGUAUGAAUCCAAUAAUAUCAGAAAUCUAAAUCAACUUAACAAGCUAAUAAUAAAAGUGUAUUUUUUAAAUUUUGGUAGAGCUUGAGAAUAUAUGACAGUAUCAACCUGACUUAUUAAACAUACAUUUAAACUGAGUGUGACUUCUGUUCUCAAUGGCCGAUGCCUGAUGGAACGAUAUGAGCACUGAUCUCGGAGCAGAAGGGCCUGUAUGUCGGUUGAGUCCCCCAAUGGCAUCGCACAGGACAGAGAGCCCUUUGGUUCUAACGUCCCGAUGGAGGUGAACCACUAGAGGAAGCAACUUUCUAUGUUUUUUCUCCUCAAUCCAAACGAUCACAAUCAAAUGGCUCUCAAUAAAUUCAUACAGUCUUAUUUUUCACUUUCGUUAGUGCCCAUUUUCAGAUUUUAAAGCCGAAGAUCUAUACUGGUUUUAUUGCUUUAAACUCGAGUUCAGGCAGUGGGGGGACGCACGGCCUCCAGCUAAAUGAGGAAGGAUUUCAUUUCAAAAGCCGCUCUCAAGAGAUUAGCUCAGUAACAAUGUAGGUCUACCCUCCAUAUUAUUAUUCUCAUCACUCAUUUGUCUUCAUAAAUGACGAACCCUUCAGGCAAAAUCUCUGCCACUUGGGGGCGUUGAUGGGGGUAGGGGAGGGGUCACUUAUGAGUAUCUGAGCAUUUCUGGGCUGAACACAGAAGCUGUAGACAAGGCCACUGACAGAAAUUGGCUUCAGAUUUAUUCCCAAAUGUGAUCAUAUUUUAAUGUGUACUGUAUCGUGGUGUGGACUCAGUGUCUAUGACCAAAUGGGAGUUUCUCCAACUUGUUUUUUUAAGAGACACACCGUAGUGUAUGAUCAUAUGUUUUGCUUACAGAUCGUCAAUGAAAGUUUCGCCCAUGUUUCCGUCCUAUUUAAAAUGUCAACUUUUGUUUCCGAUGCCAUAUGUUACAAUGUGAAAAUCUUUCAAUUCACUGUCUUUUUAGGAAAUUAUUUAUACGCUGUUUGCGUGUUUAAAAGGUUAAAUGUGCAAAAAGCCCUCGCUUGACCCAGUUAUGGAAAUGUCCCGGGUAGUUAAUGGAAUAAUACAUCAUAAUUUAAAUUACAGUCAUCGCCUUAUUUCUGUUGGUGUGUAUUUCCACCGGCGAAAUGGAAGAAUAAUUUCUGGAGUUGUGAUCGUGACAAAACCCUGAAUAGUCAUACUCAAUAAUAGGAACACCAACUCCAGCUAUAUUCAGAGUAUUAAAGAAGCCACUCCAUGACAGCUAUAGUAAAAACAAAAGCAUAGGACACCACGUACAGUGUGCACACAACCUUAAAUUGCUCCCUGACUGAAAGUAAAGCUGCACCAAAGGACCCACAAUGCUUUUUCAUUAUGUAAGGAUUUAAGAUAAAGACUUCCAAUAAUAAUCAAACAGUGACGGACCCUCGAGUUGCGGUAAUAUUUGAACAACAGUGCUGAGCUUUGAAGACACUACUUUGCCGGUGAUUGUCUGCAACAUUGCCUGAAACAAAUGGACUGGAAAUGAAAAUGAUGUGAAUGUUGUAUAGUCAGUAUUGAUGCCACGUUGAAUUCCUCUAACAAGUGAAAAUAAACCACGUUAAUCGUUAAAAGUCGUUAGUUUAUAGACCAAUUUUAGUCAUUAUCCAAUGCACUGUUUUCAUGAAACACAAUUAAACAUGUUAGACAAA